AUGGAUGCUCAACUCCUUGGAAGUGUCGGUAGGGUGUUGUGUGGUGGUGGGAUACUGGGUAGCAUUGAAAUUGAGUUGCUCUGGAUGAGUGGCAGUUAUGCUGUAGCCGGUGUGAGCGUGCAGUCGGUAUUCUAUGAGCUUUUCGAACCGCUUGAAUAG